UUAAAAUGGCGCAUGUCGGCAAAACGUGGUUACGAUAGUCGUUUGACUUUAUCUGACAAAACAGUUUAAACAAAUUUUGGAAUCUUGUCAGAAGAAAUAACGAAUGUUCAAAAUUUUUCAUCGAAGGAACGAGUGAUUAUCAUAAAAAAAGAGGAAAUUUCAUCAAAUAUCAAAAUCGAUAAAUAGCAAAGAUGUUUCUCAACCUGAUGUCGGCUAGCAAGCCAUGGUCGAGGAUCCGGGGAGUCGCCGCGACAAUGCGAUUGCACAGUGUUCAGCCGUCCUUGGGGAUUCGGGUCGAGAAAAAAAAGGCGAGCCUCGACUCGAAAUAUCAGGAAGGAAGCGUGAUCGAGGGCUUCAAAGUGACGGAAGUGGCAGCAAUCGACGAAAUGUAUCUUCAUGCAAUAAGACUGACACAUUUGGCCACCGGAUCUCAAUAUUUGCAUCUGCAACGAGACGACAGCAAUAAUGUCUUCUCGACUGGAUUCCGGACAACGCCUUUGAAUUCCACGGGAUUGCCGCACAUUUUGGAACACACAGUUCUCUGUGGAAGUAAAAAAUAUCCCUGCAGAGAUCCUUUCUUCAAGAUGCUUCGCAGAUCGUUGGCCACUUUUAUGAACGCCAUGACUGCUCCAGAUUUUACAUUCUAUCCGUUUUCUACCCAGAAUCCGAAAGAUUUUCGGAAUCUUCAAUCGGUUUAUUUGGACUCGGUUUUCAGGCCAAAUUUGCGGCUUCUGGAUUUCUUGCAAGAGGGCUGGAGACUCGAGCACGCGGACGUGAACGAUCCAAAAUCUCCCAUAAUCUUUAAAGGUGUCGUCUUCAACGAGAUGAAAGGCGUCUUUGUUGAGAAUCAGAACACUUUCGCCAUAAAAAUGCUCAACUCGAUCCUUCCAAGUCACACCUAUGGCGUGAUAUCAGGCGGCGAUCCUCUCGAAAUUCCGAAUUUGACUCACGAAGAUCUCGUCGACUUCCACAACAAUUACUACCAUCCAUCCAAUGCCAAAUUCUACUCGUACGGGAACUUUCCUCUCGAGGAUCACCUGAAAUUUUUGAAUCAGGAGUACCUGUCUUCCGCGGAGGCUGUCGACCCAUCAGCGACGGCAGUUCCGUCAGAGAAAAGGUGGACGGAACCGAGAAAAGAGCAUAUUUCUGGAAGACAUGACCCGAUGAUUUCCGAUCCUGAUAGACAGAAUUCGAUGGCGAUUGGAUUGUUGUGCAGCGAUAUUACGGAUUUGAAGGCCACCUUUGAUUUGUACGUGCUUUCGCAGUUGUUGCUGAAGGGACCGAAUGCGGCUUUUUACAAGAGUUUGGUGGAUUCGAAUAUUGGAACUGGAUUCAGUCCUGUCACGGGCUAUGAUUCACAGUUGAAGGAUACACUUUUCGUUAUAGGAUUGCAGGGUAUGAGACAAGAGGACUUCCCUCGAAUGGAGAAAGCCUACCAAGAAACAAUCCAGAAGGUGAUGAAUGAGGGUUUCGAAAAAGAUCACAUCGCCGCCGUUCUUCAUGGAAUAGAACUUCACAUCAAACACCAAACUUCCAACUUUGGUAUGAACCUUCUCUUCAAUGUUUCCCCUCUAUGGAACCACGAGGGAGACAUCAUCCAGUCCCUCAGAAUCAACGAAGCCCUCAGUAACUUCAAGAACGAACUUUCCAGCAAUCCAAAAUACCUUCAGGAAUUGGUGGAGAAGUACUUCUUGAACAACCCUCACAGAUUAACCCUGACGAUGUCUCCGAAUGAGAAACAUGAGGGAGAAUUAGUUCAAGCGGAAAAGCAACUUCUCAAGGAAAAAUUGGAUAAUUUAUCAGAAGAGGAGAAGGAUAAAGUCUACGAAAAUGGACAGUUGUUCCUGAAGGAGCAAGAAAAGCAGGAAAAUGUUGACGUUUUACCUACUUUGAAGAUUGAGGAUCUGAAAGAGGAUGUUGAUAGAUACGAUCUUGAGGAUCUUAAGCUGAUUGGUCUUCCCAUUCAAGUAGCAGUUCAGCCGACAAACGAAGUCUGCUACUAUCGAGGAAUUCUAAACACGCAGAAACUCUCCUCUGAUCUGAAGAUGUUACUUCCCGUGUUCAAUCAGGUUGCUGUAAGAAUGGGAACAGAAAAUUACGACUAUCGAACUUUUGAUCGAAUGAUACAGAUGAAAACUUCGGGUUUGAACAUCGUGCAUCAUGUUGCCGAGCAGAAAUCAAGCGUGAACUCGUACGAAGAAGGAAUUAUGGUCGAGUCAUACUGCUUGCAGAAAAACUCGAGGGAUAUGUGGCAAUUCUGGGAAGAGGUGUUCAAUAGGGUGAAGAUGACUGAUCUGAAAAGAUUCGAGAUUCUAGUGAAGAUGACUGCCACGGAUCUGACAAACGGAAUAGCAGAUGCUGGACACAUUUAUGCGAUGAGCAGCGCAGGAAGCUUAGUAAGCCCGGUGCGGAAACUGAAGGAAAGCCUAUCAGGUUUGGAGUACAUCAGUCGAAUGAAGAAAAUCGCUCAAAUGUCAGAUCUUUCUCCCGUUCUUAAGGAUGUCCGAAACAUCGGCAGACAAAUCCUCAACAAAUCCUGCUUCAGAUCCUCGAUCAAUGUCUCCCUCGAGCACAAGGACGAGGCCCUCAGAAAUCUCGGAUCUUUCUACAGGUCCCUGCAAGGAGUUCCCAAAGAUCCAAUCAUCCUCACGACCACAGAGUUGUCUCCGGAAAACGAGACCGGAAUCCAUCACGUGAUGCCUUAUUCUGUGAACUACGCUUCGAAGGCAAUCCUCACAGUUCCCUACAACGACCCGGACUAUUCAGUUCUCAGCGUCCUCGCGAAGUUGUCCACAAACAUUUACCUUCACUCAGAAGUUCGAGAAAAGGGCGGAGCCUAUGGAGGUGGUGCAAAAUUAUCCUCAGAUGGAAUUUUUACCUUCUAUUCCUACAGAGAUCCAAAUGCUCUCAAAACAUUCGACGUCUUUGACGGAACUUAUGAGUUCUUGAAGACAAAUCAGUUUUCGGAAAGCGAUUUGGUUGAGGCGAAGCUUGCAGUUUUCCAGGAAAUUGAUGCUCCGGUUCCUCCGAGUAAUCGAGGAUUGGUGAAGUUCCUUUUUGGAAUUACGGAUGACGAUAUUCAAAAGAGCAGAGAGAGGGUGAAGGCCGUGUCUAGAGAGGAGAUUUUGGCGGUUGCUGAGAAGUAUUUGAAACCGAGAGCGAAAGGUGUAAAGGUUGGGAGGUCGCUGAUUGGUCAGAAGAAUUUGGAUUUGGAAAAGAGAGAGGGAGAAAAGUGGACGCUCUCUUAUGGAGAUGAAAGUUAGAUUAAAAGUAGGUUAAGUUUUGUUGAUUAAGAAUGACUGUAAGAUAUUUAUUAAAAUAUUCAGUACUUUUGUUAAUAAAAUUAAGAAAAACUGA